AUGACGGGUUUGUCUGUUUUUUGUUGCUUUGCCGAUAAAAAGGUGUACUAUGCCAAAAAGAAGAGAAGGGCGCAACAGAUGCAGGGCGAGGACGGCUCGCACAAGAAGGAGAGAAAGCUGUACAACGACGGCUGGGACGACGACAACCACGACUACAUCAUCAAGAACGGGGAGAAGUUCCUCGAUCGGUACGAGAUCGAUUCGUUGAUAGGCAAAGGUAGUUUCGGCCAAGUGGUGAAAGCGUAUGACCACGAGGACCUGACCCAGGUGGCGAUAAAGAUCAUCAAGAACAAAAAGCCCUUCCUGAACCAAGCGCAGAUCGAAGUCAGGCUGUUGGAAAUGAUGAACAGAGCGGACACCGAAAACAAGUAUUAUAUAGUUAAACUAAAGAGGCAUUUCAUGUGGCGGAACCAUUUGUGCUUGGUGUUCGAGUUGCUGUCCUACAACCUCUACGACCUACUCAGGAAUACGAAUUUCCGAGGGGUCUCGCUCAACCUGACGCGCAAGUUUGCCCAGCAGCUGUGCACUGCCCUGUUGUUCCUCUCGACCCCGGAAUUGAACAUCAUUCACUGUGAUCUCAAACCCGAGAACAUCCUCCUCUGCAAUCCCAAACGGAGCGCCAUCAAAAUCGUCGACUUUGGCAGCUCGUGUCAACUCGGACAGAGGAUAUACCAGUACAUACAGUCGAGGUUUUACCGGUCGCCCGAAGUGUUGCUUGGUAUUCCGUACGACCUUGCGAUAGACAUGUGGAGCCUGGGCUGUAUUUUGGUGGAAAUGCACACGGGAGAGCCCCUGUUCAGCGGCGCCAACGAGGUCGACCAAAUGAACAAGAUCGUCGAGGUGCUGGGGAUGCCGCCAAAGCACAUAUUGGACCAAGCGCACAAAGCGCGAAAGUACUUCGACAAAGUUCCCACGGAUGGCUCGUACGUGUUGAAAAAGUCGAAGGAGGGCAAAAAGUACAAGCAGCCGGGCACGAGGCGGCUGCACGACAUACUGGGCGUCGAGUCGGGCGGUCCGGGUGGCAGACGGCACGGCGAGCCCGGCCACUCGAUAUCCGACUACCUCAAAUUCAAGGAUCUCAUUCUCAGGAUGCUCGACUUUGAUCCUAAAACCCGAGUCACACCUUACUAUGCGCUGCAGCACAACUUUUUCAAGAGGACGGCUGACGAGGGGACCAACACGAACAUUGCCGCUGCCAACAGUGCCAACACGAGUCCGGCGGUCGUGUCGAUGACCCAGGACCACGGACUGGUUAGCAUGUCCGGACAGGGCAGCAGCGGAGGCAGUAGCAGCAGCACCGGGGGCGGUAGUGCGAGCGCCGGCAGUGGUAGCGGCGGCACGAGCGCGCAGCAGCAGCAACAGUUGCAAGCGGGCCCGAGCGGCGUGAGCUCCACCUGUGGCUACCAGCCCAUGGAGUGCGAGUCGUCGCCCCGACACCAGCAACAGCAGCUUGGCUCCAGGCGAGCCGGCCCGGUCUCAAGCGCCGGUGGCACCAGUACCUCGUUACCGUCCAACUCGGCGCCCGCGUCCAUAGACCCCGGCACCGGUGGCUCCUCUUCCUCCUCCUCCUCCACCACCUCCCUCGUGCAGGGCUCCCUCGGCUCGUACAACCGCAGCCUCAUUCUUCCCAGCAUUCCCCACCUACCCGCGACCACGAUGGGCUCCUCGUCUACGGCUCCCCACCAUCCUCAGCAGCAGCAACAGCACCAUCACCACCACCACCACCACCACCAUCAUCAUCACCACAGCCAGCCGAGCUUUUACAACUCGUACUCGGGCUACGGCUCCGUGGGCUCGGAGGUCGCGGGCCACCACCACCACCACCGACAGGUCGUCGUGCCCUCGCAAGUCGUCGUCGCGGCAGCCGCCGGAGCCAAGCAGCGGACGGGGCCCGACUCGGCCGAGCGGGAGGACAGCCCGAUGGUGGGCGUUUGCGUGCAGCAGAGCCCGGUGGCCAUACACUGAUUUGUCGUCGUGGCCGGCGGCCGUUUGUCUGCUCACUGUGCACGGCAGUCAACUGCCCGCGAAGGAGGCCAAACUUCUCCGAGACCUUCUUCGUUCGACUGUCAAGGACCCGCUUACACGCACACACACACACACGCGCAUACAUAAUACAUACAUAACUGGUACAUGAGUCUUCUUUUGGGCCAACGCCUCCUCCGAGAGCUUGUCUUUUUGGCACCUGUUUUUUUUUUGGAGAAUGUUAUUGAGGUUGUUGUUGUUGAUGUUGUUGUUGUUAAUGUUGUUAAUAAUGUUAUCGUCUGUUUCUAUAUUAAUUUAAUUUCAUCUUGGGCAAAUCAACUUGUUUCUGCACACGCGAUAUGUGUUUAUCCAAAAAUUAAUGACAUUUUAGUUGCUUGAUUGUCUUCGAGCCAAAGAGGAAGAAUAAUUGUGUGACAAGUGUCUCGUCAGUCACGUUUGAACAAAAGACAAUAUGUUUAUAUUAUUUAAGUGCAAUUUUUUUAGACCAACUUUGUGUGUGAACUCACCGAUGGCUGUUUGCAUCGAACCGCAAAUGGAUUUUGGAUUCCGUGCAUUGAAAAAAAAGAAGAAAAAAACCAUAGAGACUCAUGGGUGCAAAUGUUAUUUUUUAAAUGGCCAUCAGUUUUAUCGAAAUUUUAACGUGAAGUUCAAGACAAAAGUGUGCAGCAGUGACGAGCAUCGGAGAACGCUAUUUCGGCGGCUGAGCGUCAUCUCUGAUCGAGGGCAAAAAUAAUUUUUUUCAAGAUUACGUGCUUAAGUUGCAACAAGUUGAAUACGAAGUUAUGGUGCCGAAAAGUAACUCUCGUCGUUUCGACGAAUAAUUAUUGGACAAAAGGAGACAAGAAGAAAGAGAAAAACCAAAAAAAUUAAGGUAUCGGUUAAUCGGGUGGACCCUCCUGGUGUCAGUCUGAAGAGAGAAAGGAAGUCCCUUGCCUUCUAAGCUGUAGCAGUAGAUCAUUCCUCGGGAAAGAAUCGCAGCAUAUCUUACCACGUACGAAAGGCUUGCGCUUUACCAGAAGAAGAAUAAGCGAAAUUAGCAGGCUGACGAUCGGAGGAUUUGCUAGAAGUCUACUAGCUUAAAGUAAAAAAAAAAAAAAAAAAAAAGAAAGAAAGAAAAGAAAAGAAAGAAGAAAUAAAAUAAAAGGACUUGUCUGUAAAUUGGUAGCUAAAGAGCCAAAGAUGAGCGAGCUACACGCGAGACGUUACUUACUCCAAUUAUUGUUUGAACGCUCGAGCGCGCACGCGUUUGCGUGUGUAACAUGUGUGUGUAAAUAUUAAUAAGGAACUUGUGUAUGUAUAUAUAUAUAUUAAAGAAAUGAUGUAUACAUGAUGAGCGCCGCAGUAUACGAAUAUAAAAAUAACAAUGAAAGGCACGCGAAGGUUGACGGAGAAGGUGGAGAAGAGGGGUUGAUGUGCGCGCCGCGCGUGUCACCCUUAUCUACGUACACGCGCGAGGAAUCACGGCCUAGUGUGAGGAUGGAACCCGAGCCUGGCCUUCUGUUUUCGCGGGCCCUGCCCACCAUUAACUUAAUUAAAAUGUAAUUAAUAAUUAUUUAAAACAAAUAACAAUGAUGGUUAUAAAUAACAAUAAUGACGAUGCUUAUCGAAGAAGAUGAUGAUAAAGAAGAAGAAGAAGAAGAUGAAGAUGAAGAAACUGCAAGGACAAAGCAAAUUUAGGGAUAAAUAUUAACUUUUACCAAUAAACAUGAACUCUGUGGCCUACAGACGAAAAAAAGUGAUAAUUACCUAUUAUUGUAAUAAUUAAAAUUUAAUGGGGAUUAAAAAAAAAAAAUAUAAAUAAAUAAAUAACAUAAUACAAAUAAACAAUGUAAUAAUCAUGUACUCUCAUAGAGUUUUAUACAUGAUGUGACGGAUGUAAAAGGUAUAUAUAGCGCGUACCAGCAGUAAAAAUGCAAAAUAAUAAUAAUAAAAAAAAAGGAUUCUUUGUACAAUGCGCUUAAGUGAGUGCAGCUUUAGGGUCUUAUCUUUGUAAAUGCAGAAUAGCGAAGAAAAGAGAACGUGUGUUUUUUGUGCACGAGGGGAAAAUACUGUUGGUAUGCGGGAGAGCGAGAGACGUAAACAAACACAGCGUGCAUGUGAAAAUGAAAUACUUCGGGAGAGAACGAGAGAUUCGUGAAUUUCAAUUUUUUUUUAUUUACUUUGGAUUCGAAAAGGCGUUGUGAAUGUAUGGAUCGAUCACGCUGAGCGGCGCAAAUUCCAAGCUGUUGCUUAUACAGGGACUUGAAUAAAAAUAUUUAAAAAGGUAAAAGAAAUAAUAAGAAAACAAGACAAACUCAACGAGUCUUUGCGUGACUUAACAAUACAUAUUUAUACAUAAACUAUAAAAAAAAAAUAAAAUAAUAAAAAAAUUUAAAAAAAAGUAUUGAAGUAUUGAUGAGAAAGUUUAAAUUGUAUAAACGCUAAGAAUCAUCAUGAAUGAUAUAACCAUACGAAAAUAAAAUUAAAAAAAAAAAAAAACAUACAUAUAGGUACUUUGUAAUAAAA